ACCUUUAUCCUAAACAUUCAAUUGCAAUACCAGAAGAUACUAACAGCGAAAAGUAGUAACGAGAUGGAGAACUACACUUCCCUUGCAUCCAACAAGACGUUAUCAAACUGUCCCAUUCCAAAACUAAAGAAUGCAGCAGAGAAGUGGAGUGAGGUUGCUGCCUAUGUCUUGAUUGCUGCCCUUACUUUAGGAGGAAACAUUUUGAUCAUUAUCAUCGUUCGAAGAAACCAACGAAUGAAAAACGCCACAAGUUACCUGAUUGUUAACAUGGCUAUCAGCGAAAUUCUGGCGUUAAUUUUUGUGAUAAUCAUAAACUUGGCCUUCAAGAUAUUGCUUCCUCAUAAUUCGAUGCCAUAUGUUAACGAUGUUUUUGCUUUAGUCUUUUGUAAAUCMACCUCGUUCAUGGAGACUUUUUGCCAUAACUUGGCCAUGUUGUCAUUAACAGUAAUCUCUCUCGAUCGYUUUCUUGCCGUUCAGUUUCCUUUACGAAGAAUGAUCACUCGUUCUCGAGCCAAGAAAAUUAUUGCUGCCCUUUGGUUUGUGGCAUUUUUGACUAUGAGUCCAAAACUGUACGGUGUUAGGCACAAGAACAGGAAUGGUAAUCUUGUCUGUUUUGCAUCUUGGGAUCCCUUUCUUAAAAAUACAGAUAUGAUAUUGUUGAUCAUCCAAGUGUCCGUAUUUCAUGUUACACAGCUAUGCAUCAUGGCUGUAUUGUAUUCAAUCACGGUGCAUAAAUUAUGGRUUCGACGUAUCCCUGGCAACGUAACAGCAGCCAAUCAACGUCUUGAACACCAAACCAAGGUGAACGUCCUUAAGAUGUGCAUAACUGUGGUGGUGGUAUUUGCUUUUUGUUGGUUACCAUUGUACACGGUCAUAGUUGUUAGUUAUACCAAUGUCUUAGUUUGYCCUAUACCAAGGAAGGUCUUUGAUGCCUUGUUUUUYCUGUCGCUAACAUCAUACGCCAUUAACCCCUUAAUCUACUUCAUAUUCAGUAAAGAUUAUCGYAAUGGUUUCUGGGACAUUGUCAAGCCUUUGUUAGYGCCAUGCAAGCCAUCACUUCGACCCACCAUCGUCCAUACCAUGGAGAUUGCUGACAUCAGAUCAAGUGCUACUUCAAUUAUAUACGAUGAGAAAGUCAAAGUCCUGAGUUUUCGAAAACUAAAUGAAAGAAGAAGUGAUCAAAACUUGUAAAAUAUGCAGAAGCUUUCCGCCAACAUUGAAUUUGCAUCCAAAUUCUACAAUAAAAUGGCGAUUGUAUUUGGUCAAAAGUUGAAUUUUAAUAACACUAUGAAUACCGGCUUUUCAGAGUGUAACUGAUUUAUUCGGAACUUUACCGCUGACCUGCAAACUGCAAUGUACUGAUGCAGCACAUUUUGUGCUAAAGAAUUUUGCCCUGGACUUGCUAUACACGGGACAUGAUCUUUUCUCAAUAGACAAUGCUACAGAACAAAGCAAAUUUCAGUUGUAUAAUUCGGCUAUAUACAAAUGUCUAUAUUUGGUGUGUGUUUAAGGCCGAACGGAUUUUUGGGAAUAUUUUAGGGGACUUUAAAAAAGUGCAUAAUGGGCUGCUUUACACUAUUUAUGACUCAAUACUAGUCGCGUCUCUAUGUUUUUUCUGCGCACAAUAAGAAAUGUGCUCUAUGUUGUACAAGGUUCUCAAUGGAGUUAACCACCAACCGUCAUGUGUACAAUGCGUUAACCUUCAAAUAACUGACGAUAACCGUCCAAAAAAGCUUAUCAUCAAGAGCGUCGGCAUAAUGAACAUUUUUGUUCACAAGAUAAUUUUUACCCUUUCAUUAUAUACAGCAAUAUGCAUCAUUUUGACUCAUAUUCCAAGUAUACGUAUAAUUAUGUAACAUAAAUCAGA